AUGUCAUGGAAUAAUACUACAACUAUAAAUGGUACAUCAGCUCGUAUUUUUUACAUUCUUGAUUUCAUAAAACAAGAAUUUAUUGUUUAUCUACCACUUAUAUUUAUCAGUUUUGGUGUGAUUGGCUUUAUUGGUAAUGCAUUUACAUUUCUUCAACCAUCACUUCGAUUUAAUAAUUGUUGUAUUUAUUUACUUUGUGGUUCAUUAGUUGAUGUUAUGAAUCUUUUUAUUAAUCUUUUGAUGAACUAUCUAAAUGUCACGACUGGUUAUAUACUUUCUUUAAUAACUGUUCGUCAUUUAUGUAAACUGAAAAUUUUCAGUUUAGUUUUUUUGCCACAAUUAUCUAUAAAUUUCUUAGCCUUGUCUCUUAUUGAUCGUUUUGCUUGUACAUGUAGUUUGACAUCAUCUAUAAGACAUAUUCGACGCUUAAAAAUGAUACCAUGGAUAAUUGUUAUUAUUAUCGCUAUCAGUGGUAUUAGUUCGUUCUACGCACCUAUUUACUAUGAUAUUGUACCCAAUUUGGGAUGUGUCUGUACAAAUCGACUUUUCAACGCUGUUUUAUACAUUAUUGUGCAUGGUUUCAUAACACCAUUUUUUAUGUCGAUAUUUGUAUUACUUACUUAUCGAAAUGUGCAACUAAGUCGUCAUCGAGCAGGUUUAAAAAAUCUUGCAAAUAUAGAUCGAUCUCGAAAUCCAUUUAUUCGAAUGAUUUUUACUCAAGUUUUUACAACAAGUUUCUUAACAUUACAAUGGAUUAUUUUUUACAUCUAUCACUUGAUCGUUGUAGAUAAUAUAAAGAGUGAUGAGCAACACACUGUUCAUUAUUUUGUUUGGUAUGUUAGUAAUAAUAUCUAUUAUCUUAUUAAUGUUAAAUCAUUUUAUCUUUCUACGUUAACAUCCCGCUCAUUUCGAAAGACAUUUCUUGGCGCUUUAUUUCAAUUGUUAUCUUGUCGUCAACAACGACAAAAUAAUAUAAAAUAUUCAGAAUAUUUUACCAAUACUUCGUCAAAAACUAAAACAGAUGACAAGUCACAGUAUGAAAUGUGA